CGGGGCGGGAAGGAUGUGGGCCAUACAGUCCCACUUGACCUUAUUGGUGUCAUAAAAGCUAACACUCCCUUUCAAAACUACUACAGGCAAUAUCAGCUAGAUAACAAUAGGCUUAGUUCCUGAAGCGGUUGUUUGAGCAUGGAGCUAUGAAACGGAUAGCUGGUUUGAGAUACAGUCAACAAAGCCUAAGGCAACCAAAACGAGGAUGUCUGGUGACGGUCUUCCGAGCGUGGUGAUUGACAAUGGAUCCAGCAUGAUCAAGGCAGGGUUCGCUGGGGAAGACAGUCCCAGAGUCUGCUUCCCAACUGUCUUUGGACUACCACGUCACUUGGGUUCCCUGUUUGGCGUGGGAGAAAAAGACGGUUACAUCGGAGACGAAGCCCUGAGCAAGAUGGGUAUCUUGAUCCUGAAGCGCCCAAUCGAGCACGGUGUCGUCACUAACUGGGACGAUAUGGAGAGGAUCUGGGAACACGCCUUCUACAACGAGCUGCGUGUGGCCCCAGAGGAGCGCUCCGUGAUGCUGACUGAAGCCCCUUUGAACCCCAAGAUUAACAGGGAAAAGACGGCACAGAUCAUGUUCGAGACCUUCGGCGUUCCUUCCAUGUGCCUUGCCUCGCAGGCUCUGCUGUCUCUCUACGCCUCUGGUCCUGUCACUGGACUCGUAGUCAGUUCGGGUGGAGGUGUCUCAAACACUGUGCCCAUCUCCGAUGGUCAUGCCCUGCCUCAUGCCACCAAUCGCACGGAGAUUUGCGGCGUUGACUUGACCGAUUAUCUGAGGGAGCUCUUUAAAGAGCGUGGCUAUCCCUUUACCAAUCAUUUAUCCGACCGUCAUCUUGUGAGUAGCAUCAAGGAGACGCUCUGCUACGUUGCUCGGGACUUCCAGGAGGAGUGUGAGAGUUUCAGCUCCUCCCUGGAGAGGAGUUACGAGCUCCCUGACGGACAUAUCAUCACCGUUGGCCAAGAGCGGUUCCGCUGCCCAGAGGCCCUCUUCCAGCCAAACAUGUUGGGCUUGGAGAUCCCAGGAAUCCACGAGAUGGCUUUCAACAGCAUCAUGAAGUGUGAUGAGGGCAUUCGUCCGGAUCUGUUCAAUAACAUCAUCCUGGCAGGUGGCUCUACCAUGUUCUCCGACAUCGCCGCCAGGAUGCAGACAGAGUUGGAAGCCCUGGCCCCGCCCACCACGAAGAUCAAGAUCAUCGCUCCCUCAGAGAGGAAGUACUCCGCGUGGAUCGGUGGCUCCAUCCUUGCUUCCCUGUCCACCGUCCAGCAGAUGUGGAUCAGCAAGCAGGAGUACGAUGAGUCUGGCCCAGUCAUCGUUCACACUAAGCCUAUCUAAACUGUGAGCUGUGCGAGCUUUAGAUAUAGAUGGCAUUGUCUGACCUGACACCCCAUAGUCGAAGAUCGAGAUCGUCGCUUCCCAGAGAGGUCCAACUAUUGACUGGCUCAGUGGUUCCAUCCUUGCCUCCCUCUAGAUUUGCGUCAACAAUCAGGAGUCUGGCCCAAGCAUCAUUCACAAUUAUUUCUGAAUGUGUGCGCUUUGCUCGAACCUAAGACUGCAAUUGUGUUGACUAACACUUCAUAAUAAAAUUUCUAAAUUUGGUGCUAUUGACACUGAAAAAUAUAUCCUAGAUUAAGAAAAAUAGAGUAUACUGGAUAGAAAUCAAUUUAUUUUAUAAUAAAGUAUUAAAGGUACAGGUUGGGGGAUUCGUUAACAUCCUUCUUUGUAUAAAUAUUUUGAUUGAUUGGACGGAAAAUGUUUAUUAAUCUCAUUAAUAUCAUUGUUCACUUCAUUAUUCUCUCUUAAAAUCAAGCUGUUUGAAAAACUGUUUUAACAGUUUUUCAAACAACCCGAUUUAACGAUAAAUUUCUGUUCAGGAGAGAGACGAUUUCACUCAAAGAAUCUCCACCUUUUAAGGUUCACCGACUUUACGGUCCAGUAUUUACGGUCCAACUAUUGUCCAGUAUAGGCCUAAACAAGGAACAAAAGUGUCGUUUAAUGCUUUGAGUUAUGAGAUGAAUUCGAUCAAUUGCUCAGCAUUGGCUAGUGAAAGCCUUAAUCCUAACCCUUAAAUAUGUACCUUUACAAACUCUUAUUGUUUACCCUUCGCGUGGGUGCACAACUCUGGUUACAUCAUCAUGAUGCACACAGUAUUUUGAAAUACAUGGAGAGUCUUACACAUGCAGUCACUGGUAGUAUUGGUGGGUUACAGCGCAUACAACUCUAUUCAUUACCUUUCAAAUCCAAAUGGAGUGAUGUAUGUUAGUGUUACAGCUACGGAAAUAAACUAGAUUAAAGAAAAACUAUUAAAUGCUAUCGAUGUGAUCGUACGGGAUUGAGGUUUUUUAACACCAACCAGCAGGACG